AUGAUUUAUUUGAAAUCCACGACGCGAGAUGUUUUAGUGAAGGGUCAGAUAGCUGUAGCUAAGAUUUACGAGCGUUCCGAGGUGAUCGCAUUGACGAAAGAGAGACUAAGAGAAUUCUGGCUUCUUGAUCACCACACAUACAAUGCGGAUAUAGAUCAUACUGAAUGGAAGGAUGACCAUUGCGUUUCGUUCGAGCCGCAUUUUCCCGCAACCAGUAGAGAUCUUCCAAUUUUGUUGAAAAGUAAUUGCAACAAUUUCUCAAGAAUUUUCCAUGUCGAAGAAUGUGACCUUGAGAAGGUGAUACCGGCACAAAGCUUCGAACAGUACGAGGAGGCAACUGACAGAAAUGUAAAUGAAUGGCUGUCAUUUAGACACUAG